GUUGCUUGUGAAGCACGUGUUGUAGUCUGCACGCAGUACUCCAGACAGUUUAAUUUGAGGUUUCUCUGUGGUUGAGCGUCAGACUGGCCUAGUUUAGAAGGCAUUAGUGUCAGGAGUGUUCAUCAAAUGAAAUGUGUGUGUGUGUUGUCAGUGUUGGAGCCUGAGAUCCCUGAGGAGACAGUGUCUUUGCUGCUACAGAAGGAUAAUGAUGCAGCUGGACAGAAGCACAAUGCCAGCGGCCCACAGCAGACCAAACACACGCUCACAUACCCCUCCCACCUCAUCUACUUCCUGAACAAGGCUUCUGAGAGCAUUUAUCAUGACCUGAAUCCUCGCCGUAAGAUUCCUGACCCACAUGGACAGAAAGUCUAUCUCGCUCAGGCUUCACUUCAACUUCAGGCCUUUGGAUCACAAUUCAUUCUGGACCUCACAUUUAACAACCUUCCCACAGCCUGCAGCCGAGUAUCUCAGAGAAACCUGCUCCGACUGCACCUGUAAAACAUCCCUCAUUACAUCCCUCCACCCCAGCCUUGUCCUGCUCCCAUAUCCUCCUCACCCCCGGCAGCUGUGGGACGCUUCAGCAGAAACACCCUAUCAGAUUAAAUUCACUGAGGUGUUUCAUCGUACUUUGAACUGUGUUUAGUUUGGUGUGUCUUGAUUCUGGUGAAGAGAGAUGGGAUGUUUUUCUGAAAGCAACUAUGGUCACAAGUUGCACUGAACUCUGUUGGUAAGAACAGAACUUGUGACCAUACAGGUCAGUUUGUAUUCCUGAUAUUAGCAUUUUAACAUGGAAUUUCACAGGAAUUUCAAAUGGGUUUUAGAAUGGCAAACAGUUCUGAAUAUAUGAGGAAAAGAAUGUCUUGACAUUAUUUGAACAAGGAUUUCUUCUACAAUAUAUAUGAAACACAGUCAGACCUCAUGCGAAUUCAUUUGAAAUCAUUGUCUUCUUUAUAAACAUACACUACCAUUCCAAAGUUUGGUUGAUUUAUGUAUUUAAAGAAAAUCAAAAAGAACAUCUUGAAUUUAAUCAAAAGUAACAGUAAAGACUUUCAAAAUUAAUUUCAAAAUUUCAAAUAAAUGCUUUUCUUUUAAACUUUGUAUUCAACAUCCUGUACAAGUAUGUGUUUGUAAAUGUAUCAGUUCCCACUGUUUUUAACAUUGACAAAAAUAAUAAAUGUUUUUUUUG